UUCCUCUAGAAGAUGAUAGAGGAAGAUUUGUCGUAUCUUUCACUAUCCAAUGUUCCUGGUCCUUUUGAUCCCAGAGGCGUCAUCUCAGUGGCAACUAUGAUGGGCCUGAAUGAACUUGAAGACUUGGAAGACGAAAUGGACUUGAGAGAGAGGUGGAAAGUGUAUACAAAGGCAAAGGAUUCUGCUGAAGAUAAAGUGAAAUCGAGAAGACUAGAAAAUGCAAGCUGGAGAUUGUGGAGUAUGGAGCGUGUUCGUGGUGGAGAUCUGAACAAGGAUCUGAGUGAAGGUGUGAUGUUGAGAGCUCUAGGAGAGUCAGAAUCAAGAGAAGCAAGUUCUGUGGAUGUCAAUUCAAAAGUAAAUGACAACGGAAAUAAUUUGGAAAGUUUGAACCUUGAUAUGUCUCACGUACCUCGAGGAAAAGAAAGGCCUCCUUCUCCACUGUUGAUUCCUGGACAGAGAAUUGUUUCUAAGGAAACUAAAAAGACUGUUUCACCUAAAGGAUCACCCAAGAAACGUGGAAGUGCUGGCAAUUAUGAUAUCGUUCAUGUUGAUGAUCCUACAGAAGUAACUAAUUGGCAGAAACUAGAUCCUGAUGUAAUUGGAAAGAAUACUCAACUGUUGGAGUUUGCUGACCAAGGAACAGGUGACUAUCGCUCUCCUUCUUUCCAGGUUCGUUAUGAAGAUGGAAGUACGCUGAGUCCAGUUUAUUAUUUUCGUCAUCGCAUUCUGAAAGGGAAAAGUUCGAUGCCUGAAUUCUUUCCCAACAUUUAUUUGACCAACCUUUCGGAAGCGACUACUCUCGUUCUUGAAUUGCAUGACUUUGUUACAGGACUUGUCGUUGAACUUCAUUAUACAGUGAUGCACGAUUAUAAUGCAAUAUGUAGACACGUCGUAUUUAUCAAUAAUGGAGACUCUUCGGUUUCCUUACAACGAGUAAUGAGUAGUACUGUAGAUUUUGAUACAGAUGAGUAUUUCUUGACGCAGUUGAGUGGAAGUUGGGCUCGCGAACGCCAAGUAGUUCAGACGCGGUUGUUGGAUGGAAUUACUGCAUUUCAAAGGUUCGUUUAUGCCAUUUCUAUUCUUGUUAGAUAUGAAGUUGAUGAUUGUCAUAGUGGAAGAGGUGCUUCUUCACAUCAACAUAAUCCAUUUGCUAUCAUAUCUAGUGGAACACCUAAUGAAGAACAUGGAGCAGCCUUUGGUUUUUCGUUGCUAUAUUCAGGAAAUUUCCAGUUGGAGGCAGAAAUAAGCGAAACUGGAAGACUUCGCGUCAAUCUUGGAAUUAAUCCUCAAGGCUUUGCUUGGAACUUAGAACCUGGAGAAAGUUUCUGUUCUCCAGAGUGUGUUCUUGUGUUUAGUGAUGAAGGCAUUGGUGGCAUCUCGAGAGAGUUGCAUCGGCUAUUUUGUGAACAUUUGAUACCUCAACGCUGGAGAAAUUUUGUUCCUCCCGUGUUAAUCAAUACUUGGGAAGCUGUUUAUUUUAAUAUUAGUCAUGAAGUAGUUAUAGAAUUGGCGUCGAAAGCCAAAGAAUUGGGAAUUGAAUUGAUUGUUUUGGACGAUGGUUGGUUUGGUCAUCGAAAUGAUACAACAAGUUCGUUGGGAGAUUGGUAUCCCAAUCUUCAAAAGCUGCCUUAUGGUUUGGCAGGUCUUUCGAAAGAAAUCCAUUCCAUGGGUCUGCAGUUUGGUUUGUGGUUUGAGCCAGAAAUGGUUUCUCGUGACAGCGAAUUGUACAGUUUACAUCCUGAUUGGUGUCUUCACAUUCCAGCUAGAGGAAAAACUGUGGGAAGGAAUCAACUAGUGCUGGAUUUUUCUCGUUCAGUUGUCCGAGAUUAUAUAUUCAGUCAGUUAUCUAAUAUACUGAGUAGUUGUCCAAUUGAAUAUAUUAAGUGGGAUAUGAAUCGGCAUCUGACGGAAGUAUUUUCUCAGGAUUGGCCUGCAAGUAGGCAAGGAGAGAUUGCUCAUCGUUAUGUGUUGGGUGUUUAUGAGUUAUUGGGACGUAUUACAAAUGCCUUUCCUCAUAUAAUAUUUGAGACUUGUAGCGGUGGUGGAGGAAGAUUUGAUGCCGGAAUGUUAUAUUUCGCACCACAAAUAUGGGCCAGUGAUAAUACCGAUGCUGUUUCACGCAUUUAUAUUCAGUAUGGAACAACUCUUGCCUAUCCUAUUUGUUGUAUUGGGUCUCAUGUUUCCACAGUUCCUAACCAUCAAACUUUACGAUCAACCUCCAUGAAAACACGUUCACUAGUAGCCAUGUGUGGUACAUUUGGUUAUGAAUUGGACCCACGGCAGCUAUCAGAAGAUGAAAAGGGAGAAAUUGCGGCCUAUAUUCAGUUGUAUAAACGGCUUGCGCAUCUGAUUCGAAAAGGCAAUCUUUAUCGUUUAUGGAACCCUUUUUUGUCUUCCAGUGCGGCUUGGAUGUUUGUUAACAAUGAUGCCAGUCAGGCUCUUGUUUUUGCCUUUAAUAUUCGUAGAGAAGUUGGACGUCUAUUACCUCGUUUGCUGCUCCGUGGACUAUGCUAUGAAACUGUUUAUGAAGUAGAGGAACUUUGUCCCGGAAAGCUAGUACGGAAUAUUGAUACCGGUGCUAUAAUGUUGGAUCCUCGAGGAGUUUAUCAAUAUGGAGAAAAUAAGAAAUUACUACUAUCUGGAAGAACUUUAUGUUGCGCUGGUCUUCCAGUAAAAUUUUUAUUCGAUGCAGAUAGUGUUUUAUUUGAACUCAAGGCUGUGACCUCUGCUUUGUCUUUGUCAAGUUUCUGAGUAACGAAUGGCGAUCCCUUCUUUGGUAAGCCAUGAUAAAAUAGGUUCUGAAAGGUGUUGUGGUGAUGGAC